AGUUUCAAACGAACCUCACAACGAGCAACAUGCAGUCACAUCUCAUCGCCGUCCUGCUGGCCACCGUGGCCAUCGGCUCCUGCAUCGCGAAUCCCAACCUCAUCUCGGGUCCUUCGCGAAUUCUUGAGAUAAUGAGCGCCACCAGUGAAGUCCAGCGUAAUAACCCACAGCUGACCAUAGAAUGUUUCGACUACUAUAAUGACCUAUUCAAAACCGAAUAUGCGGAAUAUGUGGAUGAGUACAAUCUGUGCCUCGAUAAGUAUGAUGGCGGUUAUGAACAGGUCCUGGAACAGUACAAUCCCGUUGUCUGGGACCUCAGCAACUCCACCUUCGAUUCCUGCAUGUUCCUGCUGGACUGCGAUAAGCAGAAUAACAGCGAAAAUGCCCUGUCCUGCUACUCCACUGAGGGUCCGAAAAAUUCCAAGCAGUUGUCCAGUGUGGCAUCCAAUGCUUCGGUCUCGGUCGUUACACUGCGUCAGGAGGUCGAGACUCUGGUGUUCACCCGUGACCAAUGCUGCUCUGCAUCGUCCAGAAGCUAUGAGAUCCGCUCCGGCGAGUCCUACGAAGAUCUUCAGAAGUGCCUGAACGGUGAGAUUCCUGUGCCGGAUAGAAGCACCACCACAAGCAGCAGCAGCACCAGCACCAGCGCCACCACUCCCACUGUUUCCACCACCGGAUCUGCUUCUACCACCACCCCAUCUCCUUCCAGCACCACCCCAUCUCCUUCCACCGCCAGCUCAUCCGCACCGAUUUCCUCAACAACGAGUUCUCCAUCGACAGUAGCGCAUUUUAGUCCCGUUGAAAACAGCAGUGGCAACAGCCAGCACCGAUUCCCAAGAAGACUGGAACAUAUUUUCAAACAUAUUGUUUAAGAGUUGACCAAUACAAGGGUCAAAAUCAAUAAACUAAACAGGAACAUUGCAAAACGACAA